AUGGCUUCAGACCAGAGACCACUGGCAGACCUGCUGCGGGAUGUGGCUAACCAGCUUGAGAACUCGCCGGGUACCAGUAGCAUGCUUACUGCAUCCACACCGUCCAGGAAUGUGACACCAAGGCACCCAGUGGACGCCGAGGUGUCAAGACUCUUUGCUCCAUACUCCCAUGGCGAGAGAAGCUCCACAAGGCGGCGACCCCUUGGUGUGCCCACACUCUCCUCUUUCACCCGUACCUUUUGCUGUCUCGAGGAUAAGAGUGGUAGUCAAACAAAUCCCAAUGAUUUUAGGGAGUUUAUUUUAACAGCCUAUCCAAAACUCCGACAAGGGGGUGGAUUUGAGUUGCUCAGGAUUGCAGGAACAACAAGGAGUCGCAAUCUGAACCUCAUCCCUUGUCCCAAUGAGGGCUACAAUGUUAAAUAUUUAAAAGAUACACAAAUUGGUCAUGCAGUUCUUUUCAUUCGACCACUCCAAAGGAGCCUGGAUCUCGAGGCUGCAUGUCAACCAGAAAGCAUGGUUGGACCACCUGCUAAAUGCAUUUCUUGUGGAGAGGAGUUUUCUUUUUCAGAAAUAAAAGAUCACAGUGAUGAAUGCAUGAGACCACCACAGAGCGGUGAGGGAGAGGUAGGCACAGAAAGGGCCAGCUCCUCCCGAAGUCAAGAUAUUUUUGUGCGUACAUUGAGGAGACGAGAGGAGAGUGAGCCGGCGAGGGCCAGCAGCUCAACCUGUACCAUGCCACCUCAGGGAGAUGUGCCUGCCCCAGAGCUAAUUGAUCUGGAUCCCUUUGGGGAGAGAAGCAUCUCUGAUUGGAAAAUUGCCACCAAUGCCAAAGAAGCAGCAAGGGCAUAUAAAGAAGCCAUUUUGAGCCAGCAUGCUUCUAGGAAAGCACUGAGUCUCAUUAUGGAUCUUGGGGACAGUGCAGAGGACAGGGAAAGGGCAAUCCUUUCAUUUUAUAAGAUGGCUCAUGUUGAGUGGGCCUGCCCCUUGACAUGCACUCUUAUUGGAGAUCCAGCAAUUGGCGAUGGUGUGACUCGCCAUUUCUUCUCAACCAUCAUGCACAAACUUCAGAAUGGUUUUGAGAUUAAUUUCGUGCCAGGGGGAACUCUGCUUUUUGAGGGUGAAAAGGAUCAUCUGCUACCCUCCACUUCCCUUGUCCUUUUGGAGAGUGAUUUAUUUGUUGUUGCUGGAAGAAUGAUUGGGCAUUCAUUUCUUCAUGAUGGGCCAUGCCUGAGUGGACUGAGCCCAGCGAUCCUGCAUGUGCUCUUUGGUGGAUCCCCAGAAGAAGCAACAAUCGAUAUUAAGGACUGUGCUGACCUUGACAUCCGAGAGACAAUCAAAGUGCUGGAUGGCAGAGAAGAGUUAUCUUCAGAACAAAAGAUCAGUAUCAAUGAGUUGGCACUGUCCUGGGAUUUGCCUCCGGUCACAAGUGAGAACAGGAGAUGGCUUCUUGACAAGAUGUUACUUCAUGCUGUCCUACGAAGAACCUCAAAACAACUGAAGCAAUUACGAAAGGGGUUAAAAGAGACACUGGUGUGGCCUUUGCUGAAUGACAGGAAAGACACAAUUCCUCUCGUCUUUCCAAGAGCAUCAGAAUUAGAGUACACACCACGGAUGGUCUUGGACAAGAUAAAGUGGCCAACACAGGAUGAGGAGGAGGACAGUGAUGUCUCUUUGGAGGACACCUGUAGGAUCACAGGAUUCCUUCGAACAUUUAUUGAGAACGCAUCUCCCAACUUCCUUGGGAAACUCCUGGAGUUCUGGGUUGGAUGGAGUGUGCUUCCAAGACACCUGGAUGUUGAGGUGGUGGAGAGCAACUUCCCCAAGUCCUCCACCUGCUUCCACCUGCUGAAACUUCCACAUCAUUACAAGGAGUAUUUUAAUUUUGAAAGAGACAUUGUUGCUGCGAUUUGUAGCACAGACACUGGGUUUGGUAUGGUCUAGAGUCUAGACCAUACCAAAUUAAAUAUGCUGUACUAUCUCACAAACAUGCCUGCUUUAUUGCACCAGUGUUAUUCA